AUGUCUUCUCAUUUUGGACCAUUACCCCGACAUCGAAGGGUCACCGUCGGGUGCUCCUGUCCCAGAACCGGGUUCCCUCAAGCUGCCGUGACAUACCCCCUGCUCUUCAGCGGUGUGCCCUUCUGUAGAAUGUUCAUCUCUCCUCUCUCCUUGCCUCGGAUUUGGGAGGUCCUCUGCAUGUCACAAUUUUCGCCGCACUCGAACUCUGUUCUCUCACUUCAACGUGACAACUGCCUCAUGGGUCACGGACCCCCACAAUGGCGUCUGUCGCGUACGUGGCCGCUGGACACCCUGCGCGGGGUGCCGGCUGGGGGUGCGAUGUCGAAUUCAGCCGGUGGUUCCUCCGAAUUUCCGCCUCUGCGUCUGAGGCGUGUCUGGAAUUGCCGCGAGUUAUUGGUGAAUUGGAUCCCAUUGUCUUCUGCCAGGUGUCUUGUGGUGGUCUUUUUCAACCGGAGACCAGCAUUUGAUUUUAUUCGGGAUAAUUCUUUCUUGAUUAUAUUUCUCGUCGUCUGUUUCGGUGACCAGCGACGAUUUAGAGGCUCGUUAUCAGACUUGGAAGCCUCUCCGGUAAAUUCAUUCUCGAGAGUGGAAGCAAACAAAGGCAAAGCCAUUUUGUUAUUUUCGAAAAUGGCGGGCAGAGUCUCUGGAGCUGUUUGUGGCGUGAAGGCCCUUCGAUCAGCAGUUCGCGCUGCAGUGGUCAUCGGCCUGUUUUGUUUCUCAGGAAGUGGAAUGGCAGCGGACGGGAAGGGACAGGAUGUCGCUACGUGCUCAACUGAAAAAAAGCAGUCGGUGGUUUCUUUGAAGCUGAAGGACAAGGACACACCAAUCAAGUUCGCAUGUCCAAAGGACUACGAGGUGUUUCCUGCUAUCACAAGCGGAUCCAUCCAGUUCUGUAGGGAUUCUCUGUGCGAGCAUAAGGCACCAUUGGCGCCGGCAUUCAGCAUAGAGAAAAGUGCUGCGGCAACGCAGACGGACGAAGAACGGAGCUCUGAAGGCUCAGAAGAGAAGCAAGAAUUGUCAACGGUCUACACACUCACUAUGAAACAACAAGACGCAACAUCAUCAACUCUCUACUUCCAAUGCAGGAAAAAAACUGAAGGGAACCAAGCUGUAGGCGUUGAGCCAGACGCGUCCAAGCCGGGAAAGUUACAAAACGAUUUAAUACGGUGUGCGUUUCAAGUCGCGGCGUACGGUUCAAAAGCUGCUGCUGAGACAUCUGAGAAAGAACACGAGUGUACACUGAACACCGAACUAUCUGCGACCCUGAACACGAGUUCGACGUCGUUCACAUUCCGCUGCCCGAAGGAUUCGAGACUGCUGCCCGUUAACUUUGACAAGGCUUACGAAGGAAGAGAAUGCACGAAAAAAAGGUUUCUGACUCGACUGGGACUGAAUGCGUCUCUUUUGGAGGGAAAAUCCGUCACUUCGCAGGUGGAAACUGUGGCUGCACAGGACCCUGUAGAAGUGUUGCCUGCCUACACGUUUUCUGUCUCUGAGUUUCCGGAAAAAGAUGUACACGUGUGCUACUACUGUGUGGACGGCACAGUAAAGAAGGAACAAAUUAAUACUCGUGACAAAGUUUGCAAAGCUCUCAUUGAGGUAAAGGGAGUGCCCAAACCGGACCAGGGAGCCUCGAGCGGUCCUGCAACGUUUUCAACGAAUAAGCUGGUUAUGGCCGGCGCCAUCCUCAUUUCCUCCGCUCUCGUCAUGAGUAUCUCUGCAUGA